AUGCUUGUUGAGGAAAUCCCCAAGUCAACCAACCCCAACAGCUCCACCGUCUACUUCUCGUCGUCAGUCAACCUCACCGCCCGGCCCAGCUCAUCCCGCCAUGCCCAGUCCAACGAGUCCAACGAUGGCGCCAGCAACAAGAAGGGACGCCAAAAGGUCAACUAUAAUGUCAACCAGCUCAUGCAUGCCCAGAUCCAGGUGGCAGACCCCCAGGCGGGCUCGGGACCCUUGAAGUCCACCCAGCAGUUGCAGCUCGAAAGAAUUGUGUCCAAGCGAUUGGUGGACCUCACCCGAGAGGGCUCUUCGGCUCUGUUCGAGCUCCCCAAAAACUUCGCCUACAACAGCAUCCACGCCAGCUUGGACAAGAACAGCAAGUCUGCCAGGCUCGGCAACACCCCCACCACAAAGAGAAUCUUGUCUGCCAGACGUAACUUGAACCUGUAUUUCGAAGAAGAGAGGAACUUGAUCUCCAUCAAUAGCAUCUUAGGACAGAACUACCAGUUCAUCACCGACUCCGAAUGGGAACAGGCCAAGUCCAAGGUGCGGAAACCCGUGGCCCGCCGCUUGAGACCUCGGUUGAAAUUGUGCUGUAUCUGUGGUUCCAACUCCAGUUACUCCAGAUGCCAUACCUGCGGUCUCUUUUCUUGCAGUGUACGCUGCAAUAACUUACACAACGAGCUGAGAUGUGUAUGA